GACGACCAGAAGUCAUCAAAAGAAACGGAUGGAGACGAAGAACUUGGGUAUACACAGACAUUUUACGCCUCGCAAUGGGCAACCAUGCACGCACGACAGCCCGGCAGGAACUCGGCAAGGCUCUCCACCGUCCCUAAGCAUUGGACACGCGGAUGCGGCGCACCUUGGAAAUAUCCAGGCUCGCCCAGCCUCUCGGCCAUCUCGAGCGUUGCCCACGGCCUGCCAAGUGGGCGGCGAAGCAGGCAGACGCUGCCCACGCAUCCCGGGCUUAACGAAUGUUACGGUGUUACGAUGUCACGUCCUAGAUGGCAAUGACAACCCGCUCCCCCUCGGUGGCCCUCAUCAACUUUCCUCCCCUCCCGCCUGCGCGGGGAGCAAAAUACAAAAAAAAAAAAAGACGCAACGGCAAUGAAGCACGCGCUCAACCCCUUCCCCCC